UCCCGGCAUGCUUUGCGUCUGUGUUAUCAAACAGGUUUGCUAGCAGCGGAGCGGAGGUCGGUCGGGUGCUCCAUGUGACAGUUUGACCGGCAGUGUCUGCAGCGGUCACCAGCCGCCAACCAUGAGCUCCAUGCGGACCCUUCUGACCGCCUCGUCGCUGUUCGGCGUGACGGCCGUGGGCUACGGGAUGUGGUCCGUCAUCAGCCCGGGGGAGGAGAAGCGCAGGGAGCUCAUUAAGAACCUGCCGGAGUCCAACGCUCUGAGGAUGGAGGAGGUGAGGAGGAGGAACGCCCUGGUGAUGCAGGCCCUCAAGGAUGCGGCGGAGACCAACGACAACGUCGCCCGACAGCUGGGGCCGCCGUUCAAAUAGACUGAGCCCACAGCUCUGCCUGUUCUAAACCAUCAGCCUCAGCUGUGGACUGAUGACGACGGCUGUCUGUGGGAAACGCUUGUGCUUUCUGUCUUUCUUCGUGACUUAUUUAAAGUGGCACUUAUGUAACUGUCAAGGAAAUUAAACGAUACGUGCUGCGGAUGAGAA